CAAGUGCUUCUCCAUCUUCCCGAAGACAAGGUCGUCCCAGGGACUAUUUGCACAGCGUACGUCUUCCUAUUAAAUCUUGUUUUCCCACCAACUAUCAUUAGAGUAAAGAUGUUGUCCCCUGGGGAAAAAGACUGGCUGAGGCUGCAUUACCUCACAGCUCCAGAAACAGAACCAAAACAGAGCUGAACAAAGAAGCCCGAAGCCGGAGGAAAAGCAGAAGUGGGAGUCCCGAGGCACGACCCGCCUUGAGGGGGACUGAAGCCUUGGGGGCAGCUGGGACCUUCAUGCUGGAGAGAUGGCCUGGAGGGACUGGCUCCUGUGUCUGCCCCCAGCCAUGCUGCUUCUCUGGGUCCCAGGCUGCUGGUCCCUGAGAGGCCCCCGCAGAGUGACGGGCGUCGUCGGGGGAUCGCUGAGCGUGCAGUGUCGAUAUAAGAAGGAAUUCAUAGAUCAUAUCAAAUACUGGUGCAAAUCCCCAUAUUUUUUACCGUGGAGCAUAGUGAAGACCACAAAGUCAGAGAGAGAAGUAAGGAAGGACCGCGUGUCCAUCAGGGACCAUCCUGCAAACCUCACCUUCACAGUGACCUUGGAGAGCCUUAGAAUGGACGAUGCGGGAACAUACUGUUGUGGGAUCGAUAAAUCAUUUUCACGUGACCUCACCUCUGAGGUUGAGGUGUCUGUGUUCCCAGCAGCAUCAACACCAGCACCAAUGUCAACCCCACCUACCACAACCAAGACCUCAACAACCACAACCAGGAUGUCAGCUCUGUCAUCCACCGCCCCGGCCACAGUGAGUGCCACUUACAUUGCCAGCAGCCAGGAGGAAUCCCAGCCCGUCCUGGACCAGAGGCUCCAAGUGCUGCUGCCCUCGUUAGCAGUUCUGCUGCUCCUGUUGGGGGGCAUCUCAUUGCUGGCCUGGAGAAUGGUUCAGAGACAGAGCAAAGCUGGUAAGAAUCCAGAACCACCCCAGAACCCCAGUCAGGCUGCUGAGCAGAGUGAGCCCUGCUAUGCAAAUGUGGAGCUGCAGACGUGGCCCCCUCCGGCAGAGCCCCGGCAGCCUGCCUGGGAGGCAGAGGAUGUGGGGUGCAGCACGGUGAGGCCCCCCGGUGAAAGUCUUCACUACACCACGGUGGUGUUUGACUCACCAAGACAGGAUUCCAAGGCCGACAGGACAUCCUCCCUGGGGCCCCAGAAGCAGGAGCCAGUGUACAGCCUGGUUAAGAAGACAUAAGCUUGCAUCUCCAGCCUUGCCAUCUGGAGGCCUCUGUGGGGCACAGGAAGCCUAGGGCUGGCCCCUCAGCCCUCACCCACAUCCGCCAACACCGCUUCUCUUGCUGGUGGCCAACAAGGCAGCUGGGCUCCCGAGGGCCAACCCUCGUGCGCCAUCAGCCAGGCUGGCUUCAUUGAGGACGAGUGGGAAUGUGAUUCUGGAAGGACCUGUGGGAAACCUUCCGUCCCACUGGCUCCUGAUGCGUCUUUCCCCUUUUCUCUGCCUCUUCCCAGCUCUGGGGAAGGAGGGCAGGAUCUCAGCCCCACGUGAGGUCUCUGAGAAACAAUGGGACUCAUGCAGGGUGACACCCAUGAAUAGCUUUGUACAUCACAGCCCCAUGGAAAUGUCUGGGUUCCUGCAGAGUGGUCCCCACUGGCAAAGAGCCAGGAGAAUGCAAAGGCCCUGAGGACUGGGUCCCCCUCAUCUUACAGACAAGGAGACCAAGACCCAGAGAGAGGAGAGGCUUGCCCAAGGCUCCAGAACCGUGUUUCUCUGGACUCUGAGAUAGGUUCAUUUUUAAUAUGAGGUUAAUAAAUUAAUAAAGUUUAAAAUA